AUGAAGAGACAAAGAGAUGUUGAAUCUUUAGAAAACAUAAACCUAUCAAAUUGUCUAAUGAUGGUUUCUUAUCUCCAACAACAACAACAAAGAAAUAAACCACAUCAGAAAAGUUAUGGAGCAGUAGAAUAUGAGUGCAAAACAUGCAACAAAAAAUUCUCAUCCUUUCAAGCCCUAGGUGGCCACAGUGCAAGCCAUAAAAGAUCAAAGCUAGAAAGUGGUGAAUUCGUGAAAACAAAUGGUUUGUCUUUGAGUUUGGGAAAUAAACCUAGAAUGCAUGAAUGUUCUAUUUGUGGACAAGAGUUUUCGUUGGGGCAAGCACUAGGUGGACACAUGAGAAGGCAUAAAGCUAUGGCCAACCAAGAGUUUUCUUCAAUAGAAAAGGUUGUGAAAUUACCAGUGCUACAGAGAUUGAGUAGUGCUAGGGUUUUGUGCUUGGACUUGAAUUUGACACCGUUGGAGAAUGAUUUGAAGUUGUUGUUUGGAAAGAUGGCUCCGAAUCUUGAUGUUUUGGUCUGA